UGUUAGGGGUGUUUCCAGCUGAUCUACACAACAGAGGAACUCGUCUCCCCGUGUGCCCAGUGUCUCCUGUCUGUUCUCUUCUCCGUCCAAAGAUCACGCAGAGCGGCCUUGGAGUCUCACUUCGUGCACCGUUAAACUGAGGCUCUCAUUUUUUGUACACAACACGAAACGCUCCGGGAGCUUCUGGGCACUCCAUCCACUGCUCCGCUCUGUAGCCGCUGUCGGUGGUUGUUAGCUUGGACUGUCAUGAUCCCAGCGCGGAGAUGGCGUCUGUACCCGGUUUGUGCAAAGCUGUCGGGCCCGCUGUUGAGGAGGACAACGGAGACCUGGACCACUCUUUGGGGCAGAUGCUGAAGGCCAUCGCCGACGAACGGAACCGCCUCAACAUCCGACAGGAGCUCAGCGGACUCGGUUGCUUUAAGGAUGACCGCAUUGUGUUUUGGACAUGGAUGUUUUCCACAUACUUCAUGGAGAAGUGGGCUCCACGACAAGACGACAUGCUCUUCUAUGUUCGGCGGAAGUUGUCCUAUGUCAACACUGACAACGCAGAGGGCAAAAAGGUGGAGGUUGAGGUGUUCAGGAGAGACUCUAAAAAACUGCCAGGUCUCGGAGAUCCUGACAUCGACUGGGAAGAGAGUGUUUACCUGAAUCUUAUUCUACAGAAGUUGGAUUAUGUAGUGACAUGUGCAGUGUGCACACGCUCCGAUGCAGGGGAUAUCCACAUUCAUAAAAAGAAGUGUCAGGAGGUGUUUGCUUCACCCAGCAAACAUGCAAUGGACAGCAAAGGAGAAGAGUCCAAGAUGAGUUACCCAAACAUCUUCUUCAUGAUUGAUAACUUUGAGGAGGUGUUCAGCGAUAUGACAGUAGGGGAGGGAGAGAUGGUGUGUGUGGAGCUGGUGGCGAGUGACAAAAGCAACACUUUCCAGGGAGUCAUCUUCCAGGGAUCCAUUCGCUACGAAGCACUGAGAAAGGUCUAUGACAACCGGGUGAGUGUUGCUGCUAAAAUGGCCCAACGGAUGUCAUUUGGCUUCUAUAAAUACAACAACAUGGAGUUUGUGAGAAUGAAAGGUCCCCAAGGCAAAGGGCACGCAGAGAUGGCUGUUAGCAGAGUCCCAACGGGUGACACAUCUCCUUGUAAUACAGAGGAAGACCAGAUGUCUCCGAUGCAUGAAAAGGUAACAUCGUUCAGCACUCCCCCGACUCCAGAAAGAAACAGACCCUCCUUCUUCUCACCAUCACUACGCCGUAAAGUACCUCGUAACCGAAUUGCUGAAAUGAAGAAGUCCCACUCUGCCAAUGACAGCGAGGAGUUUUUCAGGGAGGAGGAUGAUGAAGAUAUCCACACAGCCACCAACUUGCGCUCUCGCUCUUUGUCGGGAACGGGGCGCUCCCUCGUUGGCUCUUGGCUCAAACUGAAUCGAACAGAGGACUAUUUCCUGCUCUACUCCCACCUGACCUACAUCACUCUGCCUCUGCAUCGCAUCACUACAGACAUCCUGGAGGUGCGGCAGAAGCCUAUUCUAAUGACAUAGCAUAAUGUCUCCCAGAGCAUCAUUACCAAGUGCCUCCCUGCGGUAGGCCACUGAGACAACAGCGCCACCUGAAGUCAAACUGUUGCAAACAUCUGACAUCUGGGACGAUCAAAACCAGCCAUUCAAGAAGUGCCUCUCCUUUCUUUUAAUUUCCUGCCAUAUGGACAGGAAGGUCGUCUCUAUGGAAACAGCUAUGGGGAGGAGCACAUAACCACGUGUAAAUGGCACUGGCUGAACUCAGACCAUGAGAAUAAAAGAAUGUCAGUUUUCCUGUAAAUAUCCUGCUGCUUUACUCAUCAUUGACACUAUGCGAGUUGGAUCGUUUAUGUUUUUAUCCACUGCAGCAGGUGCUUUUUAAGUUUUACAUUUUAUGAAAUGCUUAGGGAAAAAACUGUUGAUGAUGAAAUGAGAAGGGUCAAGUGAAUUGCAUCCAGGGGUGGAUUAAAAAACAUUAUCAAACUAUUAUAGCUAAUUAACAAUUCACAGGUCAUCUAGUCUUUCCUUUGUUUUACCUUUUUAUUCUGCUUAAAGUUUAUGACUUCCCCAUUAUUUGACUGAUACUAUCAAAUAGUGAAUUUCAUUGUUUUUACUCAUGUCAAGUGUUUUUAGCUUUAUCUUUGUUUAUUUAUUGCAUUUUUAUUUUUUACUAAAAAGGGAUGUGAGCAGAUUCAAGGGAGAUGUUUUAUGAAGAUGCUUACAUGCUUUAAGAAACUUUGUAAAACAAUGAAGAUACUGGACUGUUGUGGAUAUAGAACAAUUUUUCUCACUACUGCUGCUUAUGUUGUUGUUUUGUUUGUUUUUUGUGUUGUUUAGUUUUUUGGCUUUGUUUUGACCCUGUAUCAAAAAACAAACUGAACAGAACCAGAUUUACAAAGGGAACAGUAUUGCGUGUUUACACUGUCAGAAAAGAUUGGACGGAUUGGGGGAUAUUCAAAUCAACAGAUAUGAUAUUCUCAUAUCUUUUAUAUACAUGUACUUUCUGCCCAAGUGUGCUCCUGAAGCCUUAAAAUUUUGCCCCAAUGUAUUUGUAUUUAUUUAUUUUCAUUUUAAUGUACAUCUUUAUCUCACAAACCAGCCGAGGCUUCCAAAGAUCCAGCAACCAUAACGCUAUUCUCUUCACAAAUGUCACUGUUAUAUCACUGCAUAUGUGUAUUUUUUAUAUGUGAAGCAAACACUUCCCUGGAUGUAUAACUUUUUUCAAAAAAUACCAGUAACAAUAAUUCAGCCACAUGGUGCAGACCAAAUUCAAAGGAAAGUCAUUAUCAGUGGUCAUUAUCUGAUACAGAUAAAGUUAAGAUGUUAACGUUUGCACCAGUUUGCACUCAGAGAUGAAGCCAUUGAUCAAAAUCAGAUGUGUGUAUGUGCGUGCGUGUGUGUGUGUGCGUGCAUUUCACUAAAGCAGGGCACCUUCCAGUGUUGUAUGAUAAAACAGUUAAGUUCCUCCAACUGAAUGUAGGCUACUGCUUGAUAACAAACAUUGCUUUUACUAUUUGAUACUACAAGCUAAAUCCAAGUGUGCACUGUAAAUGCUACUUACUAGAACCUUUUUUAAUUCUGACUAUUAAGCUUUUGCUGUCAUUGUCAGCUUUUGUACACAUAUCCAACAAUGUGCAUGUUAGUUCACUUUGCUGUUUUUGUUUCCAAAAUUGUUGCCUGUACAUUUUCCUGUACUAAUUUAUUAAAUUGUACCUUAAAACUGAA